AUGGUUUUCUUGUUCCCUUCCUCUUUAGGAGAGAAAGGAGGCCUGGUCUCGGUUGGGUACGGAGAUGACGACUUCACCCGCUUGGAUGGGGAUGAGGAUGGAUAUGAAGAAGAGGAUGACGAGAACAGCAGGCAGUCAGAAGAUGACGAUUCAGAGACUGAAAAACCUGAGGCUGGUGACCUAAAGGAAUUUUCUGAACUGGAGAAAAGAGAUCCUCAGGAGCUAGUUGCUUCUUUCUCAGAGAGAGUGCGGAACAUGUCUCCGGAUGAGAUCAAAAUCCCUCCUGAGCCUCCUGGCAGAUGUUCUAACCACUUGCAGGAUAAAAUUCAAAAGCUAUACGAGAGGAAAAUUAAAGAGGGCAUGGAUAUGAACUAUAUCAUUCAGAGGAAAAAGGAGUUUCGCAACCCCAGCAUCUAUGAAAAGCUGAUCCAGUUUUGUUCAAUCGAUGAACUCGGUACAAAUUAUCCAAAGGACAUGUUUGAUCCUCAUGGCUGGUCAGAGGAUUCUUAUUAUGAGGCACUAGCUAAAGCCCAGAAGAUUGAAAUGGACAAAUUGGAGAAGGCCAAGAAGGAGCGCACGAAGAUUGAAUUUGUGACCGGCACUAAAAAGGGUACAACAACAAGUGCUGCUUCUACAACAACCACAACAGCCAGUACCACUGUGGGAGAUGCCCAGAAGAGGAAGAGCAAGUGGGACUCGGCCAUCCCUGUAACAACGAUAGCUCAGCCUACCAUCCUCACCACUACUGCAACGCUGCCAGGUGUUGUCACAGUGACAACCAGCGCGAGUGGAUCCAAAACUACAGUCAUAUCAGCUGUUGGCACCAUUGUGAAAAAGGCAAAGCAGUGACUGGCGAGCUGGUCCUGGAUUUUCGGACUUAAUUGUCAUUGAAGCCGUUGUUCUUGGAAGGGAGGGGUAGCUUUCGCCUUUGGUAAAAGAUGACAAGAUUCUUUGAAACAGACCACAGUUCCCUUUUGAAAGAAUGGGGGCAGGAGCAGGCAUGCCAGCCGUGUGCCCACAGGAAUGGACCUCUGCCGAAAAUGCCUCUGUCUCUUCUUGCUGUGGGAAGAACCAGUCUGUGUGUGUUGUACGGGAGGAAGAUGGUAUCUGGAGUCAGCUUGUAAAAGUUAGCUUAUUAAAUUAUGGCGUUAGGGUCCUACCCUACUUGCAAGUCUGGUU